CGGAAGAUGCCUGCAAGGAGGCGGAAGUGACGUAGGAGGGGAUUUUUUUUUCCCUCUGUCCCUCAGCGCUGGCGACGGUGGUGGCGGCGGCGGCCUAGUCGGGGCUGCGAGAGCCAUGUCAGCGGGCAGCGCGGGGCAGCGCGAACCCGGGACUUCGGGAGGGCGUCGCAGCAAAUGGGACCAGCCCGGUCCGUCUCCCGCUCUCUUUCUGCUCCCCGCCACCACCCCUGUUGCUGGCCGUCCCAUCCAGGGCAGCGGAGACGGCGUGUCUGGGAUGUCGGGCUCUGAGGGUUCAGCUGCCCCGCUGGGCGCUCUCGAUGCCGCUGCUGCGGUGGCCGCCAAAAUCAAUGCCAUGUUAAUGGCCAAAGGGAAGCUGAAGCCAUCUGCGAAUUCAACCGACAAGCUUCAGGCUCCUGGAAAAGGCUCAGCAGGCAGCAAAAGCAAGGAUGACCUGGUAGUAGCAGAAGUAGAAAUCAAUGAUGUGCCCCUCACAUGCCGAAACCUGUUGACCAGAGGACAAACACAGGAUGAGAUCAGCAAGCUGAGUGGUGCAGCUGUCUCAACCCGAGGGAGGUACAUGACUGCGGAAGAGAAAGCCAAAGUUGGACCCGGAGAUCGGCCAUUGUACUUGCAUGUCCAGGGACAGACUCGAGAACUGGUGGACAGAGCUGUAAACCGAAUCAAAGAAAUCAUUACUAACGGCGUUGUGAAAGCUGCUACCGGGUCCAGUCCAACGUUUAAUGGAGCGACAGUGACUGUUUACCACCAGCCUGCUCCUGUCACUCAGCUGCCAAGUGUUGGCCACAAGCCUCCGUUCCAGUCCGGAGGAAUGCAUUACGUCCAAGACAAGUUGUUUGUUGGCUUGGAACAUGCCGUACCGACCUUCAACGUGAAGGAGAAAGUGGAAGGCCCAGGCUGCUCUUACCUGCAGCACAUUCAGAUCGAGACGGGCGCCAAGGUGUUCCUCCGAGGGAAAGGCUCCGGCUGCAUCGAACCCGCCUCCGGCCGAGAAGCCUUUGAGCCGAUGUACAUUUACAUAAGCCACCCCAAACCAGAAGGCCUCGCAGCUGCCAAAAAACUCUGUGAGAACUUACUGCAAACUGUUCAUGCUGAAUACUCGCGGUUUGUGAACCAGAUAACCACGGCGGUGCCCUUAGCAGGGUUCGCUCAGCCUGCGACGGUGGCCACAGUCCCCCCGCAGCCGCCUUAUUACCCGCCCAACGGCUUCCAGGCUGGCUAUCCGGUGGUCCCUCCACCUCAGCAACCAGUGCAGCCUCCUUACGGCGUGCCAGGCAUUGUGCCUCCUGCCGUCCCAUUGGCGCCGGGAGUCUUGACCCUUCCCACGGGGGUCCCUCCCGUGCCCACCCAGUACCCGAUUCCUCAAGUGCAGCCUCCUGCUAGCACUGGCCAGGCGCCUCUGGGCCCUUCUCUUCUUCCCGCCGCCCCUGGAAAGACCGCCUUGCCGGCCAAUACGCAGCUGCCAGGCCAGCCCCAGCUGGGCCAGAAGAGGCGCUUCACAGAGGAGCUGCCGGAUGAGCAUGAGUCCGGGCUGCUGGGAUACCAGCAUGGACCCAUUCAUAUGACUAAUUUAGGUGCAGGCUUCUCCAGUCAGAGCGAGAUGGACGCAGCCGGCUCGAAACCAGCAAGUUCCUCAGGAAAGGAGAGAGAGAGGGACAGGCAGCUGAUGCCUCCGCCAUCUUUACCAGUAACCGGAAUGAAAACCGAGCCUGACGAUCGGAAUGGGUCCCUGGGCGGCAAUGAUCACCCGGCGAAGAAGAUGAAACCCAACGAGAAGGGUUUCGGGCUGGUCGCCUACGCCGGCGACUCCUCGGACGAAGAGGAAGACCACGGCGGCCACAAAAACGCAAGUAGCUACUCGCAGACGUGGAGCUUAGGAUACCAGUACCCUUCCUCACAGCAGCGGGCGAAGCAACAGAUGCCCUUCUGGAUGGCCCCUUAGCCGCCCACCACAGGCGCCUCCACCUUUCGUCUCUCUCUCCAAGCAAUAAUGCAUGUAUAGCAUCAGAAAAAAACAAUCUGCAAAACGUAUGUCAUCCCUGACAUCUUGCUUUUGAGAUGCAGAAUGCCCUUUCCGCGGCUGUUUUUUUUUUCCCUUUGGGUUUUUUUACCCCUCGCUAUUUCUGCAAUGGACUUGUCUGUCAAAAUCGGCUUCCAAAUCACAGCACAGUUGCAGAGAACUUGGAAAUGACUUCUUUGUUUUCUUUUUCCGACUCUUCCCCCCUUUGACCGUGACCCUCUUCCCUCGCUUUGAAAGAGGAGACGGCCCGUCGGACUUGUGACUUUAUUCCGCUCGUAUUUCUGUUUACGUGUGACGCUUGGAUUCUGACCUAGGAUGGAAAAGGUGCCGGGAAUCUUGUCCUGAGAACCACCUUGAAAAGUAAACAUUUAUUUCUGUUACUAGCCCUUUCUUUCCCCCACUUUGAAAAUUUCAGUUUCCAUCGCUCCUUGGCUCUCUCUAGAGUCUAUGACAGGUAAACGUUGGUGGGUUGUUUUUCUGCCCCUUUCCCUUCCGUUUUGCCAAUAUCGCUUCCAUGUGGGGUAUUUAGGGGAUUAGGGACCCAUCCCGAAUCGUUGCCCUUCUUUGACAUCGUGAUGUGCUCGCAUCUCCGACCCGUUGGUGCGCAAUCGCUUUGGCAGCGACCACAACAUUACAGUCUGUGCCCCACUCGCAAAUCUGGCUCCAAAGAGACUUUGUUUUGGAGAAGCUCUGUCACAGCAGAAGAGAGAGAGAAACAAGACUUUUGGGGUUGUUUUAUAGUGACUCGGAAUUGUGGCUGGCUCUUCUGGCAACCAUUUCAAUCUGCAGCAGUGGUAAGCGACACCCAGGGUUGAUGCUCCUUGUAUUAAACCCGCAAGUAAAGGUUUGACAAGUAUUGGAAUAUAUGUCAAGGUUUUUCCCCCCCUCCUGCAGGAAUGUCCCUUUCUCUAAAGAGCCCCCCCCCCCCCCCAACUCACUUGUUCUCUGGUUUUCUACAUGUAAAUAAAUGGAUCCAUAGUUUCA